AUGACGGAAUUUGAAAUGGCCUCUGGGUUACAAUAUAGUGUAAAGCGGAGCAACCGUAUAUCGAAUGAGGACCCUAAUAAGGAUAAUUUUGUCUACAAAUAUAUUCAAUACGCAUGUACUUCGCAACGCUAUGGAGAUUGCCCUUCAACGGUGAGUGUGUGUCAUAGCUACGGAACCCUUCGUAUUGCUCGUUACUAUAUGAUCCAUAACCAUAAUUUGGAUGCUGUGGAAAGACCUACGCGUCCUAGAAUUACAGAAGAUUUUCAACCUCCUCCAUUUGUUGUUGAUUCCACGGAGUUUGAGGGUACUGACCAAAGGGCCGAUUUUCUGAAAUAUGUCCCCUCUCGAACAUUUUCAUCGUUUGUGGAGUUAGAUAAACUUCUCAAUAAUUUCCAACAAAAAACUGGUUGCUUGCUUGUUAAACGCAACUCUCUAAGGUUUUCUCCAAGCAAACCCGAACACAAAACCCUCGUAUACAAAUCUAUUACAUAUGCCUGUUGUCAUUAUGGUAGUGGCCGCCUUUCCAAUGCCAAAAUUAACCAAAAAACGCGAAAAAUGAAUUGCCCUUGUAUAAUACGUGUUGGCUGUAAAGCAAAGAAGUUGUACAUAAUGAGUUAUGUAAUGUACCAUAAUCACCCAGUGACGGCCGAAAUUGCGGCUAGCUAUCCGGAAAAUCGCCGUCUUACUGAAAAUGAGCAAAAAGAGAUAACAGACGUUCUGCUUUCAGCACCCGAUAACCUCACAGUAAAAUGUCACAUCGAGCAUCGAUUUGGAAAGUCAUUUUCCCUCGACGAUGUCCGCCAGUUGAAGUAUCGUAUUAAAAGGAAGAAAAUGGCCGAGGAGGUUGUGAACGUUUGUCCCUCUGAUCAGAUUACUCAUGAUAGAGAUUUUGAAAUGGAUUCCGCCCCUUCUAUGAGUUGGAACGAUCAAAAAAGGGAGGACUAUCGAUUUGCUCAGCUUGAGCCUGUGGCUGAUGAACUGGCGGAGUUUGUUUGUUCUGCAGAUCAUGAAACAUUCUGUGAAAGGUUGGAACUCCUGAAGGACUUGGCUAACGCCUGGCGCAAUGGGAAACAACCGAUGCUGGCUUAUAGCGAAUCUGAUCUUCCCAGGGAUUCUCUUGGAGGUCUAAUGCAUACGGAGGUUGUUAAGACGGAUGAUUCAUUUCCCUUCUCGAAAUCUAACAGAUCGUAUCUGGAUGCGAACUUAUAA